AAAGGGCUAACUGUUGUUAUAAAUCCUUGGUCGUGGCGUGGGCCACCAGUCACCUAUGAUUUUGUUGGAUGUCGAGAGAGUGUGCUGUGUUGUUCCCAGAAUUGGCUUUGGGAAAAGGGUUAUCGAUCGUACUGAUAAGCAGCACAUUUAAAAAGGCUGGGACAUUGUCUUACUAGAAAAUAACGACAGAUACAAAGAAGGGAGACGGUCUGGGGAUAACAGACCGAGAAAAGCAUCAGAAAAGAGAAUUUGAUAUAGUCAAGAGCAAAAUGACACUUGCAGUUACUGCAGUGUGCAUGGUCAGCGUGUUUUUCGCUGUUGGAGUUGUUUGUCUGCCACUGUCAGACUCGGGGCCUCAUAUAGCCAACGGAUGGGGACAGACGGUCCGGCUCAGACAUCUGUAUGCGGCCAAACACGGAUUGCAUUUGCUAAUCAACGAGAAUGGCAAUGUGCACGGAUCUCCUGAGCAGAGCUCUUACAGUUUGGUGGAAAUCCGACCUGUAGACACGGGCUGUGUCGCAAUCAAAGGAGUAGCAGCCUCGCAGUAUCUCUGCAUGGAAGGGAAUGGAAGACUGUACGCAUCGAAAACCUAUAUGAAAGAUGACUGCUCCUUCAAGGAAAACAUCCUCCCAGACGGCUACAAUAUUUAUGUCUCUGACAAGCAUGGGACCCUGGUGAGCCUGGGUGGCAGCAGGCAGAGGCUCCAGGGUCGAGACAGAGGCAUUCCUGCACUGUCCCAGUUUCUACCAAGGGUGAGCACCCUGCCCCUGGAUAUAACAACAGAUUUGGGGUUGUCAACCCACCCCGAGCAAGGCCCUCAGUCAGGCCUGGACAUAGACACUAUGGAUGCCUUUGGGAAACUUUCCCAGAUCUCAAUCCAAAGCCCCAGUUUCAAUAAGAGAUGAGCAACUGAUGGUGCAAUCUAUACUAAGAAGCUUCUACAUCUACAAGGUGUCUCCAAUCUCAUAAUUCAUUUUUGGCACAUGACAUUAUACACCACUCCAAACAUACAGGCCCAAGAAGAACCGGAUUGAAAUCAAUUGUAGUAUUUAUUUCAUUAUAAUUUUUUAAAACUUUACUUUUAGCCAUAUUAUUUAAUGAAAAUACUUGAUUCAUGUAUUUGGAAAAACAAAUAUGGGGCUCUGUAUGCACUUUGUCUACAUUUUUGUAGAUGCAGUCGAAGUCGGAAGUUUACAUACACUUAUUUUGGAGUCAUUAAAACUCGUUUUUCAACCACUCCACAAAUUUCUUGUUAACAAACUAUAGUUUUGGCAAGUCAGUUAGGACAUUUACUUAUGUCAUUUUUCCAACAAUUGUUUACAGAAAGAUUAUUUCACUGUAUCACAAUUAGUGGGUCAGAAGUUUACAUACACUAAGUUGACUGUGUCUUUAAACAGUUUGGAAAAUUCCAGAAAAUUAUGUCAUGGCUUUAGAAGCUUCUGAUAGGCUAAUUUACAUAAUUUCAGCCAAUUGGAGGUGUAUCUGUGGAUGUAUUUCAAUGCUUACCUUCAAACUCAGUGCCUCUUUUGCUUGACAUCAUGGGAAAAUCAAAAGAAAUCAGCCAAGACCUCAGAAAAAAAAUUGUAGACCUCCACAAGUCUGGUUCAUCGUUGGGAGAUAUUUCCAAACGCCUGAAGGUACCACGUUCAUUUGUACAAACAAUAGUAUGCAAGUAUAAACACCAUGGGACCACGUAGCCGUCACACUGCUCAGGAAGGAGACGUGUUCUAUCUCCUAGAGAUGAACGUACUUUGGUGCGAAAAGUGCAAAUCAAUCCCAGAACAACAGCAAAGGACCUUGUGAAGAUGCUGGAGGAAACGGGUACAAAAGUAUCUAUAUCCACAGUAAAUUACAUAACCUGAAAGGCCGCUCAGCAAGGAGGAAGCCACUGCUCCAAAACCGCCAUAGAAAAAGCCAGACUACGGUUUGCAACUACACAUGGGGACAAAGAUCGUACUUUUUGGAGAAAUGUCCUCUGGUCUGAUGAAACAAAAAUAGAACUGUUUGGCCAUAAUGACCAUCGUUAUGUUUGGAGGAAAAAGGGGGAAGUUUGCAAGCCGAAGAACACCAUCCCAACCAUGAAACACGGGGGUGGCAGCAUCAUGUUGUGGGGGUGCUUUGCUGCAGGAGGGACUGGUGCACUUCACAAAAUAGAUGGUUUCAUAAGGAAGGAAAAUGAUGUGGAUAUAUUGAAGCAACAUCUCAAGACAUCAGUCAGGAAGUUAAAGCUUGGUCACAAAUGGGUCUUCCAAAUGGACAUUGACCCAAGCAUGCUUCCAAAGUUGUGGCAAAAUGGCUAAAUGACAACAAAGUCAAUGUAUUGGAGUGGCCAUGACAAAGCCCUGACCUCAAUCCUAUAGAACAUUUGUUGGCAGAACUGAAAAAGCACGUACGAGCAAGGAGGCCUACAAACCUGAUUCAGUUACACCAGCUCUGUCAGGAGGAAUGGGCCAAAAUUCACCCAACUUAUUGUGGGAAGUUUGUGGAAGGCUACCCAAAACGUUUGACCCAAGUUAAACAAUUUAAAGGCAAUGCUACCAAAUACUAAUUGAGUGUAUGUAAACUUCUGACCCACUGGGAAUGUGAUGAAAGAAAUAGAAGCUGAAAUUAGUAAUUCUUUCUACUAUUAUUCUGACAUUUUACAUUUUUAAAAUAAAGUGGUGAUCCUAACUGACCUAAGACAGGGAAUUUUUACUAGGAUUAAAGGAAUUUCAAUGUAUUUGGCUGAGUUCUAUGUAAACUUUCGACUUCAACUGUAUUUGUAAAUACUUAUGUAUUUGUACAGCUUUUUUUUUUUUUAAAUAAUUAGGCCUUAAUUUGAACUCAUAUGUGUUUGCAUUUACAUUUUCAAAUUUACUAAAGACACCAUGUGAAAUAAUUUGUCCAAAUGUGUAAUUGUUGUCACCUCAUUGUUGGCAUACCGUGUUAUUGCAAUGCAUUUUGAUAAUUCAAUCAGUCAUCAGAUCUAGAAAGCCAUAUUGAUGAUUAGUUUCUCACAGCAGUUUUUGGUUUAACAAGACUAACCAAUGCAAAAAAAAAAGGUGUUUAUUAUUGGCACACAGUGUAGUCAAUUCUAGCACGUUGAACAUUUUCGAAGUCGCACAAUUCUUUAUCAGUUUUGGAACUCUAACAAACAUCAUUAUCAUCCAUUCCUCUCGCACGCUCUUGAGUUUGUCCAGAGUAGCUUUGAUGAUUCAGUGUAUGGGCUUAUUGUACACUGAAACGACAUACAACAGUAUAACAGAUGUAAUCUGUGUUAGUAUUUUAUUAUGAUUAUUUCCAAUGACUUGUCACAGGGGGUUGUUUGUGCAUUUGACAUUUUAGUCAUUUAUCAGACACUCUUUUCCAGAGCGACUUACAGUUAGUGCAUUCAUCUUAAGAUAGAUAGGUGGGACAACCACAUGUCACAGGCAUAGUAAGUACAUUUUUCCUCUUUACAAUAGCUAUCAGCAAAGUCAAACAUUGGUUUCCUUACCCUGUAAAUCAAAUAAAAACAAUUUUAUUUGUCACAUGCGCUGAAUACAACAAGUCUAUUUUAAUUUUAUUUAACCUUUAUUUAACUAGGCAAGUCGGAUAAAGAACACAUUCUUAGUUACAAUGACGGCCUACCCCGGCCAAACCCUAACCCGGACGACGCUGGGCCAAUUGUGCGCCGCCCUAUGGGACUCCCAAUCACGGCCUGUUGUGAUACAGCCUGGAAUCGAACCAAGGUGUGUAGAGACGCCUCUAACACUGAGAUGCAGUGCCUUAGACCGCUGCCCCACUCGGUAGACCUUACCUUGAAAUCCGGGUGGCCAUUUGAUUAAUUGUUCAGCAGUCUUAUGGCUUGGGGUAGAAGCUGUUAAGGAGCCUCUUGGACCUAGACUUGGCGCUCCAGUACCGCUCUGCCAUGCAGUAGCAGGGAGAACAGUUUAUGACUUGGGUAACUGGAGUCUUUGACCAUUUUUGGGACCUUCCUCUGACACCGCCUCGUCGAGGUCCUGGAUAGCAGGAAGCUUGGCCCCAGUGAUGUACUGGGCCGUAUGCACAGCCCUCUGUAGCGCUUUAUGGUCAGAUGCCGAGCAAUUGCCGUACCAGGCGGUGAUGUCAGGGGGAAUGGACCAUGAUAGUUUGUUGAUGAUGUGGACACCAAGGAACUUGAAGCUCUCGAUCCGCUCCACUACAGCCCCAUCGAUGUGAAUGGGGGCGUGUUCUGCCCUCCUUGUCCUGUAGUCCACGAUCAGCUCCUUGUCUUGAUCACGUUGAGGGAGAGGUUGUUGUCCUGGCACUACACGGCCAGGUCUCUGACCUCUUCCCUCUAGGCGGUCUCGUUGUUGUCGGUGAUCUGGCCUACCAAUGUUGUGUCAUCGGCAAACUUAAUGAUGGUGUUCGAGUUGUGCCUGGCUGUGCAGUCAUGAGUAAAUAGGGUGUACAGGAGGGGACUGAUCACUCAUCCUUGAGGGGCUCCUGUGUUGAGGCUUAGCGUGGCAGAUGUUGUUGCCUACCCUUACCACCUGGGGGCGGCCUGUCAGGAAGUCCUACGGUUUCCAGGAUGAUGUUGUUAAUGUGAGCCAUGAACAGCCUUUCAAAGCACUUCAUGGCUACCAACAUGAGUGGUAGUCAUUUAGGCAGGUUACCUUGGUGUUCUUGGGCACAGGGACUAUGCUGGUCUGCUUGAAACAUGUAGGUAUUACAGACUCAGUCAGAGAGAGGUUGAAAAUGUUAGUGAAGACACUUUCCAGUUGGUCCGCGCAUGCUCUGAGUACACGUCCUGGUAAUCCGUCUGGCCCUGUAGCCUUGUGAAUGUUGACCUGUUUAAAGGUCUUGCUCACAUCAGCAACGGACAGCGUGAUCACACAGUCGUCUGGAACAGCUGGUGCUCUCAUGCAUGCUUCAGUGUUGCUUGCCUUGCGGCGAACAUAAAAGGCAUUUAGCCCAUCUGGUAGGCUAGUGUCACUGGGCAGCUCGUGGCUGGGUUUCCCUUUGUAGCUCGUAAUAGUUUUCAAGCCCUGCCACAGCCAAGAAACCAUAAGUAGCAGAACGGAGUGCUCGGGUUGGGGUGUAGGGUUUGUGCAUAGCCUGAAGGUAGGGUUGGGGCAGUAGCCUACUAAAGAUAUAACACAUGAAAUAUACUGCCAUAGGCAAAGUACUAGGCCAGUAUGAUAACUGAUAGGCCUACCCAUGCAUGGACAGAAAUUCAGCGAAUGCUAAUCCUGUUAUUUUUUAAUCAAUGUUUUGUCAUUCAUAUAAACAAAAAUGUUUGUUUGUUUUCUGUAUUUUCAAGCAGCUUCCAUCUCCUGGUAGGCCUUUUUAGGGUAAAGAAAAUGAGUACUUUCCUUGCACUCAGUGGUGGAAAAGGUACUACAUUGUCAUACUUGAGUAAAAGUAAAGAUACCUUAAUAGAAAAUGACAAGUAAAAGUGAAAGUCACCCAGUAAAAUACUACUUGAGUAAAAGCCUAAAAGUAUUUGGUUUUAAAUAUACUUAAGCAUCAAAAGUAAAUGGAAUUGCUCAAAUGUACUUAAGUAUCAAAAGUAAAAGUAUAAAUAAUUUCAAAUUCCUUAUAUUAAGCAAUUUUUUUGUAUUUUUUUAUUGACGGAUAGCCAGGGGCACACUUCAACACUCAGAAAUAAUUUACAAAAUAAGCAUGUGUGUUUAAUGAAUCUGCCAGAUCAGAGGCAGUAGGGAUGACCAAGGAUGUGCUCUACAUAAGUGUGUGAAUCAAAAUGUAUCGACUACUUUUGGGUGUCAGGGAAAAUGUAUGGAGUAAAAAGUACAUAAUUAUCUUUUGGAAUGUAGUGAAGUAGAAGUUGACCAAAAUAAAUAACCAGUAAAGUAAAGUACAAAUUCCCCAAAACACUACUUAAGUAGUACUCUAAAGUAUUUUUUACUUAAGUACUUUACACCACUGCUUGCACUGGGUACUGCUAGAGCACCUUACUCAUUGAGAUACAUCCACUGGCUGUUAAUUAAGUGGCAAUGUUCAUGGUGUUAGUCGUCAUGUUCAUUGUGAGAUGUGACAAUAUAGCUCUUAAUGUAAUGUUUAUUUUCAACACUAGCAUCUCUUUACUGGUUUUAUCUGUAACCUCGGCUCCAACAAACUCCAAUUUAGUAGAGUGCAGUGAUAUGCGAGCUAACUGUUGGGCUAUCCAAAGCAAUGUUGUAGCCACAAAUUAAUGUUUGCAGAAGUGAGAGCUGUUGGCUAGGCUAGAUAGCUAACCAAGUCAUCUUUCUAAUAUCCGAUAUACUCUUUUAAUACUCUUCGAAAAUGGCCCACAAAAGUGAAGAUAGGCUAAACACUGCCUUGCUCUAGUUUAUUUAGCUAGCUGGCAUGAUGCCUGUCUGUUUAUAGUUAUGGUUAGCUAGCUAGAGUUGUAGCAAUGUUCCGUGAUUACGUAUGAGUUUCUAAUGAUUUCAGGUUCCACGUAGAGGGGUACCGCAAGGGGUUCGAUGAAGGCACGCGUCAAGGAAUCCUUGAUGGUAUGAAACAUGGAGCAUCACAUGGCGGCAAGUUUUCAGUGGAGGAGAGUUGAGCAUCACUCAGUCAGGGUUAUGUCUAUAUUGACAUCAAAAGUUUAUAUUUUUUUGCACUUGAACUAAACCUAACCUGCUACGUUAAUUAACCCUACCUACUGCGUAAGUUCUAACAUGCUACAACAAGCCAAUUCUGACAAACUGUAAACCAUCUAGUCAAAGAUAUUAAACUAGAUGAUAGGAACACUGUGGACAAUUUUCAGCAAGUUGCAACCAUGAAAUACAGAAAUAAACAGUUUUCCAUAAACAAGGUCUAAAUCAUGUUUGAUGCACUCUGUAAGUAUUUUUUCAGUACUGUUUAAGGGGAUAGUUUACCCAAAAUUCAAAAUGACACAUUGGUUUCCUUACCCUGCAAGCAGUCUGUGAACAUGGUAUGACAGCAAUCCAUGCUUUGGUUUAGUUUUGCUGGCAAUGUUUCCACAUGCUAACGUUUUAGCAUUUGUCACAAAUCCCAUUCAUCAUGUGACUGAUAUUGUAAUUUUUCACACAUCAUGUUCAAACCAUCCAAAAUGUUCUCAAAUGGAUUGUGAAGCUCAACAAAAUCACUUAAGAUGAUUUGAACUUGAUGCACAAAAAAAUGCUAACAUCGGUCCCAUGACUUGAAUGGGAUUUAUGCCACAAAUUAGCAUGUGGAAACAGUGCCAAAUAAACUAAACCUAAGCAUGAA